GCUUCUGUAAAGCAUUUCUGGAUCAGUGGUGGAAAGAGAAGGAAACUUGGAUCGUCCACCCAAUUUCACGCUCAGGAAUAUUAUGGCUUCUAAAGCACAUACUGGAAUACUCUGCAGUCUGCAUGAUGAGAAACUGAAGCUCUUCUGUGUGGAUGAUAAAGAGGCUGUCUGUGUUUUGUGUCAAACUUCAAAGAAACAUGAGAAUCACAAGCUCCGUCCUGUUCAGGAGGCUGCACAGGAUUAUAAGGGAGAACUCAAGACUGCACUGAAGUCCUUGCAGGACAAGCUGAAAACCUUUAAUAAAGUUAAAAACGAGUGUGAUAAAACAGCAAAGCACAUCAAGAAACAAGCCCAGCAAACAGAGAGGCAGAUAAAGGAGGAGUUUGAAAAAUUUCGCCAGUUUCUACGAGAUGAAGAAAAGGCCAGGAUAGCUGCACUGAGGGGGGAAGAGGAACAAAAGGGAAGAAUCAUGAAAGAGAAGAUUGAAAAACUUACAAGAGAAAUCUCAUCCCUUUCAGACACAAUCAGAGUGAUAGAAAAGGAGAUGGAAGCUGAAGACAUCUUCUUCCUGCAGAAGUACAAAGACACACAGAGAAGAGCCGAGUGCACACUGCAGGAUCCACAGUGUGUUUCAGGAGCGCUGAUAGAUGUAGCCGAGCACCUGGGCUCUCUGAAGUACAAAGUGUGGGAGAAGAUGCUGGGGAUUGUUCAAUACACUCCAGUGACUCUGGAUCCCAACACAGCACACCCUGCCCUGAUACUGUCUGAGGAUCUAACAAGUGUGAGACUCAGUGAUGAGAAACAGCAGCUUCCUGACAACCCAGAGCGGUUUGAUCCCUAUGCUUGUGUGCUGGGCUCUGAUGGGUUCACUUCAGGGAAACACUGUUGGGACGUGGAACUGGGAAGCAGUACUUACUGGUAUCUGGGUGUGACUAAAGAGUCCAGCCAGAGGAAUGUGAUAUACCCCUGGAAGCCAGAAGCAGGAUACUGGGUUAUCUCCCUGGAGGAUGGGGAUCAGUACUGGGGAUGGACCUCACCACCGACACGACUCACUGUGGAGAAGAAACCCCAGAAGAUCAGAGUUCAGCUGGACUGUGACGGGGGGGAGGUGGCAUUCUUUGACUCCAGUGAUAUGAGAAAACCUCUCUACACUUUUAAACACAGAUUUACUGAGAGAAUGUUUCCAUGUUUCUGGACUCUCUGUUCUGCCCCUCUCAGAGUGUGUCCUAUGAAGACAGUUAUAAAAGUGGACUAGCCCAAUGUGUUCAACAUAAACAAUAGGGAUGAAUAAUAAUAAUAAUAAUAAUAAUAAUAAUAAUAAUAAUAAUAAUAAUAAUAAUAAUAAUAAUUAAUGACUAUCUAUUAACAUUGAAAAGGAACGGAAACAUUUUAAAUAGAAAAUGAUGAUCAAAGUGACAAAUGUAACGAUGUUUAGAAAACUAUUAAAUAUAUUCUAACAGAACAUGUUCACCCUCCUCCACCCCUCUCCCUCGUCACGUGACGUGGGUGUUUGGUCUGAGCGCCUCGAAUCCAUGUAGAAAUACAAUUACAAAAACUAGAACAUGAACUGGUUAAAGAACAACACUGAAUAAAGAAUAUGCGUUCUGGAAUAAUGUUCAGUUAAACACAAUGCUCUAUUGAUGUGUUAUACCAUCUACAGCUUUGCAAGCUCUGUAAAUAAUAACUCCCUCAAUGCUGAAUGAAUGAAUGAAUAAUGAUUGCUGGGCUGGUCAGCGGCGUUGUUGAAUCGAUCAGGAUAUUGUAUCAUUUAAUUGGUAAAUGUAUCGCUGUAAUAACUUGGAAGCUGCACAUUGUGAUCGUGUGGAUGUGUGUCUUUUGUGGCCGCUGUGAAACGGUCCCGCAAAUCACUGCUCCCGGAUCACAAAGGAUCGGUUCGCUGCCCUCCCUUUGAUUUAAUGAAUGAUUUUUUUAAUAAUAAAAAGUAUAUAUUUUCAUUUGGA